CACCGUGGCUCGUCCGCACCACAGCCUGCAUUGCACACCUCGCGCUCUCGUCCGCUAUGGAUCUCCCAUCCUCAAGAGAACUAGAGCUGGAGACCCUGCUCCGGCAACGGGAUGCUCAGGUCACUGAACUCACCGACGAGGUCACACAAUUACGACAGUAUCUUUCGAAACAACCCGGUCCAUCUACUUCUGACCCAGUCUCGUUGCCACCUGCUCUCGUGUCGCUGCUAUUGCCUCACUUGAAUGGACCCGCGAAUAACAACGCGCAGACGAGCUCGAGCACGGCCACCACAGCGUUGACCCAGCGGGCUAAGCUGCUACAGGAGGAGAAUGACGAGCUCUAUGAGAUGUUGAAAACGGGGGAGACGGGGAGAUUGAAGGAAGAGGUUCGGGGGUUGAAGAGGGCUGUAGGCAGGCUGGAAACUGCACUAAGAGAGUCACACCAAGUCAUUAGAACCCUUUCGGAGGAGCUAGACAAGUCCUACGAGACCAUACUGUCUACUGGGCGCCACCAUAACGCGCAUGCUCACUCCCAAGCACCGCGUCAAUCCCAUCGUCAAUCCCCCGCUCUCUCCCAAACCAACAGCAACGGGACCUCUAAACCCUUACCCACAGGGCCUCGCGCUCACAAGAAACCCCGCUUAGACCCUCAAGUUCAAGCGCAACCCCAAGCGCAAGCACAACCCUCACCAUCCUCAUCCUCCUCCACCACAACUCUCCCGCGUAUUCAGACUCAAACUCAGAACAGCAACAACAACAGCAACCCGACAGCCAAUAGUUCCAACUCCGCAAACACGCGGCCUGCCGUGGAAACCGCAUCGGUAGAGCGAUCUCCUAUUGCGGCUUCUCCAGACCACCGCAAGGUACCGGGCGGAAUGAAGGUCGAAAUAAAUGAGGAUACUGAGGACAGUUCAUCGUGGGCUCGUGAACCGGCGCUUCCUCGCGACCGUGGACGGAAUCGUGAGCGAGAACGGGAUAAGGAUAAAGGCAGAGAGCGGGACAAGGAGCGCGAUCGCGACAGAGAUAGAUUAUCGAAACGGAAUGGCGGGCCUGGUCACGGUUCCGGUGGCGUUGGAGGGGGCGGUGGUGGAGGUAGUGGGGGUAGCGGCGGCGGAAGCGGUGGUGGAGGUGGAGGGGGUCGAGGAGGUAGCGGAGGUGCGAAAGGUGGCAAUAGGGGUGUCCGUGGUUCGUUUAGCAGCGCGGUGGAUCGGACGUUGGCCCAGAGAAUGGGAAUGGGACGUUACUCUGGACCUGGCUAGUUCAAGCUCAUGAUCAUGAUCAUGAUCAUCGUUGACAUAUGGACGGACAUACUUGAAGUUUUGCAUGUUUUCUCGUAGCUUCGCUGAGAAACUAAUGUAUCCCGGUAUGUACGAGUAUCCUUCUCUGCUGUAGCAUAGCUAACUUAUCUUGUCUCCCUCUCCCUUGCUUCAUCUUCUUUUCUUGGAUGCCCUUGAUCUGACAUACCAUCGGCACGUUGCUUGUACCCGUGGCUAUGCGUUGCACUGACCAGUUUGUACUCAUCAUCCCUUCUCGUUAUCGUUCUGCUGUGAAAAUUCUGUAUCCCACCCAGCCAGGUCCUACCUCAUAUUUAUUCACGACAACAGCUCCUUUUCUUGUUCACGCUUGACGUGUAUCUUGCUCACCACACCUGCUCCGCAAUACAUAACAUUCC